AUGAAUCUGGCAAAUUACUCUUACUUCUCUGGCAUGUGUAACAUGACCGCUGAGACGCAGCACUCGCCUGCGGAGGCCAGUCCUGUGGUCCUGUCUCCAACCAUGAGCCUGGACUCUCCGCUGCAGGCUGGCCCACCUCUGAUGCUGCAGGCCCGGUCAAAAGACAACGUGUUGAUCAAGUCCGAGCCCCGGGGAGGCAGCAGCCCAAACACGGAGGAUGGAGCCGCUUUAGGGCAGACUGAGGAGCACCUGCCCACCGGGAGCCGCCGCAGGAAAAGGCCGGUGCAGCGGGGGAAGCCUCCCUACAGCUACAUCGCUCUCAUCGCCAUGGCCAUCGCCAACUCCCCCGAGAGGAAGCUCACCCUGGGGGGCAUUUACAAGUUCAUCAUGGAGCGGUUUCCUUUCUACAGGGAGAACUCGAAGAAGUGGCAGAACUCCAUCCGGCACAACCUCACCCUGAACGACUGCUUUGUUAAAAUCCCCCGGGAGCCUGGCAGGCCAGGUAAAGGUAACUACUGGACCUUAGACCCCGCUGCUGAGGACAUGUUUGACAACGGGAGCUUUCUGAGGAGGAGGAAGAGGUUCAAGCGCACAGAUGUGAGCACCUACCCGGGGUACAUGCAGAGCUCCAGCGCCUUCACCCCGACUCCUAUGGGCAGGCCCACGUACCCAAACACCCUUUACGCAGGGAUCGGGUCUGGGUACGGCUCCCAGCUAAGUGCCACCUCCCCGCACCCGGCCAUGCUGCACCACUACCAGGCCUCCGGACAGGGACAGCCGCGCAUGUUCAGCAUCGACAACAUCAUCAGCCAGCAGUCCGGGGGAGACCUCAACUCCCAGGGGCUGCAGGGGAUGGGACUAGGAGGAGGGGAUAUGGGCACCAUGACCUCCAGCUGCUCGGUCACCGGCACCGACCCGUCUGCUUGCUUCCAGAACCAGGCUGGGAACCCCUCGGGGAACAUGCUGAGCAGAAACAGUGGGAAUCUCUCCUCCAACCUGAGCGCAGGGUAUCCGUAUUCCUCCUCGGCCUCCCCUCCGAACCUGCCCACCAUGACCCAGUCAGGGUUCUCCCCCGGCAGCUCUCAGGUGUAUUGCUCCGGGAACAGGCUGUCCCUGCCGGCCCUGCGCCCCGGGUCCUGCGCGGAGCACACGGACCAGCUGCUGGGCCUCUCCAACCCCAUGAACUCUUACAACAACUCCUACAUGAGGCAGGCCAACUUCGCGUCAGGAUUAGAGCGGUAUAUGUGA